UUCCAACAUGUAGCAUUAACAUAACUAUUUAAGUUUCUAAACCACACAAGCCGCUCCUCCUCUCUCUCUCCCCGCAACGUGACCUGUGAUGGCCACGAAUCCGUGCUGUUUACACGGUUCAGUCCCUUCGGAUUACUUGCACGACUAUUUCGCAAAAUCUCCUCUCCCGCUUUCCCUCCCUGCUUCGUAAAACCCUAUCUUCAUUCUCGCUCGCGACAUGAACCCUGGUGUGGCAAUCCCUUCUCGACCCCAAGUCCUUUCUCUUCUCCGUUCUCUGCUGCGCACAGCUCGAGGCUUCUCGGACUACAACAUCAGGGAAUACACCAAACGCCGAGCCAUCGAUGGCUUCCGCCACAACCGCGACCUAGCGGACCCUUCUUCAAUCUCCGCAGCUUUCUCCGAAGGUAAAUCUCAGUUGGAGAUUGCCAGAAGACAGGCCGUUGUGUACUCGCUGUACGCUCCCAAGGUGAAGAGUGUCAUGGAGAUUAAACACGUCUGAUGCGCAAUUUUCACGGUAUUUGUAUCUAUUGGUGCUGAUUCCCUGUAUUUGAUUGUGUCAUGUUGACAUGAAUUUGUAACUAAUGUUGAAAAAGUGAAAUCUUUGGCUGUCUACAGGGAUAUGUGAGUCUACUGCGUAAGAAAAACGAUUUUGGUGUUUUUUUUUUUUUUUUCCAAGAGCCAUAUGUUUUUUUUUUUUCUUUUUCUGAUUGAUAAUAAUUAGCGAAUGAUUUCUCGGUA